AAACUGUCCUUUCUCCAGGGAGAAGACUGAAGGAACUCUUCAGCUGCCUCUUCUGAGACUCUGCUUCAAGGGGAGCAAGAGCCCUUCACUGAAAUCCUCCCACCAUGCUGGGGCUGCUGCUGCUGCAGGUGUUGGCGAGCUGCCUCUGCCUGGGACACAGCGAGGUGGUGAAGACCUUUAAAACUGCAUGUACUAAGUUUUUCUAUGAAAAGACCCUCCCGAGUGACAUCCUGCGUCCAAGAAAUGCAGCCAGGAUCUGCCAGGUCUAUGAUAACCAGUAUCGCUUUGCCACCCUGUAUGACAAAACUCGCAGAAUUCCAGUGUACUCUGCUUAUAUCUACAGGCCUGGAAAUGGAGAGAGAUAUGAAUCAUGGUUUGUUGAGCCCCAGCUGAUAAAAAAAAAAUAUCGUAAGGCUAUGGAUACAGAGGAUUCCAUCAUAGAAACAUACGGGAUCACUUCAGAGGAUAUUGGCGAGAAUCAGGCUAUUGACAAAGACUACAGUGGUGCUACAGGUUUUGACCGCGGUCACUUGUGUCCCAGUCACCACCAAAGUGACUACAAUGGCAGGUGGGCUACAUUCACCCUCACCAACAUUGUGCCCCAGAAUAGCACACUCAACCAGAAUGCCUGGAGAAUCUACGAGGAAGAAACAAUGGCCGAGAAAACCCGGGGCUGUGACACCACCUAUGUCAUCACGGGUGCUGUACCUGGGAACACCAACAUCUCCAAUGGGAGGGUUAAUGUACCCAGCCACAUCUGGUCAGCUGCCUGCUGCCUGGAGGGUACAAAUCCCACGAGGGCUUGGGGGGCCAUUGCUGACAACGACAAGAAUGAGGUGAAGGAGCUCAACCUGGAGAGGCUGGAGAACAAGUUGUCUGAGCUCUAUGGGGGGAGAGAUGUUACUCUGUUCAACAAAGCUUGUCCCCGGCGAAAAGCCUCACAUCCUUGAUGGAAAAGGCUCAGGAGAUUUUCCCACAUGUCACAGAAUCACAGAAUCACUGAAUGGGUUGGUUUUGAUGGGACAUUAAAGCCUGCAAGAUCAUCUCAUUUUGACCUGCCUGCCAUGGGCAGGGACACCUUCCACUACCCCAGCUUGUUCCAAGCCCUCCCCAGCCUGGCCUUCAAUGCUUCCAGGGAUGGGGCAGUCAAAACAGCUCAGGGUAACUUUUGCUCAUAGCACAGGCUGCCCCCAGGAAUUUACUUCUUUAGAAUAUCCCAUCUAA